AUGCAAAACAUAAGAGUACGCCCCCCCCCCCUCCUCCCGCACGCGGCGACACGGCAGUUGGAGGAGGCUCUCGCGGCGUCGAAGAGGGAGGCGUUCGGCCCGGAAGGCGAGGCUCAAGAGGACGAAGCGGCAGACCUCGCGAAGGCAAUUUGUUUGAGCCAGGAGGGCGGCGGUGGCUGUAGCGACGAGUGGGCGUGCGCGGCGUGCACGUUCAUCAACGAGGCUUCCGUUGUCGUGUGCGGCAUGUGCGGAACGCCGUUGCCAGAGCCGCUGCCGCCUUCGUCUCCGGGCACCCCUCCUGCGGAGACCGAUAUGAGCAGCGUCGCUGGCGACAGCGGCGGUGGUAGCGCCGACGGAAAGAGCGGGGAGAGAUGCGGAGUACAACGGAGAGGAUCCGGGGCAAGAGGCGGGGGCGACGACGAAGCGGUCGUGGCCCUGAGCGAUGUCCGGCAGCGGACGGCGCAAGACGCUUCGCCGCAACCGCAGCCGCCGGCGCCGCUCGCAAGAGGCGACGACGUCAAGAAGAAGCAACAAGAGAGCCCGCCACAGCCGCCACCGGAGCAGCCGCAGGCCCCGAGGGUCCCCAGGAAGGGCCCCCUGCGCGCCCGGUACGAGCUCCGCGGCAUCCUGCAUCACCUCGGGCGGCACGCCUUCGCGGGGCACUACGUCACCGACGUCCGCGAGGAACGGAGUGGCGGCGACGGCGGCGGCGGUGAGGGUGGGGUAGUUAAGGCCGCCGGGAGUCAGGGCGGAAAGACGGAGCGCGAGGGCGGAGGAGGGAGGGGUUGGAGCCGGUACGACGACAGCGUGGUUUCUCCUGUGACGGAGGCGGAGGCCCUCGGCGGGGAGGCGCAGCGGACGUGCUACCUCUGCUUCUACUCUCUUGUCGUGGCGGACGCCGAGUAGACGAUGUUUGCGACGGCCCCUCCGUCUGUGUCCCUUGACGGGUAGAUGAUAUUCACGCCGACGGUCCCCCCCCCCUUGUCGUCGGACGCGGUGUCUCCGGGCCAUGGUCGUGGAACUUGGCCCUCCAGCUCGGUUGGUGUCCUGCUCGCCGUCGGACCGGGUCGCUCUUGCUUGGAUGCGUGUGUGUCGUUUCACCUUCUUGGUGGCGGAACUGGACGGUAUCAUGAAGUUGCUCUGUUGUCCCGUUUGUUGGUUGUACGGUAGGGGGGGGGGGCAGAGUACCAUUGACGGACACAACCCCCCGGGAUGGAGGAGUUGGCAAGAAACUUGCAACAACGGGGCGCACGCACGUAAACUACACAGGGAACGCAGGACGAAGAUAUACCGUGGUUAUGCACUUCUACUUGAUGCAAAAAUCGAGUCCAAACUGUUGGUGCAGAGUAUGGCACAUACGGCAGAUGAACCUAAAAAACGAGUUUCGAGUUCUGGUUCUGUUGGGUUUUGGGAUAGGAAAUAUGCCCCGUUUCAUCGCGGUUUGUAUGUAUAUCCAUCUGGGCAGAGUGACGGACGAAGCAAGGGUAAGCUCCACCCCGACCGGCGUGUGUGCCCAUGUACAGUUUUUCGGAUGAAACACGCCGGGCACGGGGAUCUCUUUGGUUUUGAAUCCCCGCGGGUUUCGAUGACUGGCAGCCCCCGCCGGCUCGCGUUAUAUUUUUUCGUUGUUUCGCAAGGGCGCAUGUAAAACCAAAAUCCUUGAUGUCCUCGCAUUGCAUGCUUGCAGUGUUUUGGUCUUUGAAUUGUCCAGCGCCAUCAAUUUACUAUUUGAGUCUUGAUCAUUUAUCCGCCGUGUGUUGUUGAUGGUGUGAGUGCGUGCUCGUGUGCCUGUGUCAUGGGUGUAGAGGACGUGCGGCGUGGGGGGUGUCCGGUGAAGCGUAGCCGCGUCCGUCCAUUAUCCAUGCGGCCUCCCGGAUCGAACGGUAGCUCCGUAGCAUGAAAGACAAGACCAUGCGGUGUGUCGCCGUGGUCGGGUCACGCCGGCAGCAGAUGCGACGGUGGUUAUCUGCAUAAAACAAAAUGGAGGCCCUGGUGUGCGAUGGUUCGUCCCCGUUCAGCAUAUGUAGCCGGCAAAAGGAGGGAUCCACUCCAAAUUUCUGACUCGCCGUAGUGGAGUGUGACAAGCUGUCUGGUAUCGGGAAUACUCGGUGUCUUGUUUUUCGAUUGUACCCCGCUUUUCUGCCAUGUUCCCUCCUUUUGGGAAUAAAUGUAGAUACGGCAGAAGGGUUGUUUGACCCCUGUCUUGAUCUCACUUCCCGGAGUUGAAGUUGAAGUAGUCGGGCAGACUUGACUUGCACAGGACUGUGGCAAGGUCCAGUCGCCGGGGAGGAGGCGGUUGGACGGGGGCGGGCUCCGAAUGGAUGCGGGAUGCAGGGGUGGGUUGGUCGGCGAAUGGGUAUAUAUUCGGCAAAAAACAAGAUUUCCCUUGAAGAAGGGUUUCAUUUGACGCUAGGGCGAACUCGCUGUCGCUCGCGGCGUUGUAUUGUCGGAUGUGUGGAAAUUGUAUCUGAGAGCACGGCCGGACGUCGCUCUUGCAUCAUGAAAAAGGGUAAAACUCGCCGUCACCACCAGGCCAUCCGUGCGUUUCUGCGACUACACAUGGAUCAAUGUUUCACGAAGAAAGCGACUGACUUGUUUGGCUUUUACUGCUGUAGUUUUUCCCUCGUUCGUUACUGGUAUGUGCAGCGGCUGCCCACCAUUUAUG